AUGACGCUGUUUUGUGACAGUGAAGAAGUGAUCCACACUACGGAGGGUGUGGCCUGGGAAGACAGAGAUGUUCCAGGAGCAAUGGUUGGAAAUGUGGUACACACACGGAUUACCAGUCCGCUGCGCCUGUUUGUUAAGCAACCUCCGGGUCCAAAGCCUGCAUAUACAGACAGUAUGGAAAACUUUUGGGAUUGGCUGGCCAACAUCACGGAGAUUCAGGAGCCACUGGCAAGAACUAAAAGACGGCCAAUAGUGAAAACAGGAAAAUUUAAGAAAAUGUUUGGCUGGGGUGACUUCCAUUCUAACAUUAAGACCGUUAAACUUAACCUACUCAUCACAGGGAAAAUUGUCGACCACGGAAAUGGAACGUUCAGUGUUUAUUUCCGACACAAUUCAACAGGCCUGGGCAAUGUUUCAGUGAGCUUGGUACCUCCUUCUAAAAUAGUGGAAUUUGAGGUAUCCCCCCAGUCUACCUUGGAGACCAAGGAAUCCAAAGCUUUCAACUGCCGUAUUGAGUAUGAAAAAACAGAUCGGGCAAAGAAGACCGCUCUGUGCAAUUUCGACCCUUCCAAGAUCUGCUACCAGGAGCAGACACAGAGCCAUGUGUCCUGGUUAUGUUCCAAACCCUUUAAGGUUAUCUGCAUUUACAUUGCUUUUUACAGCAUUGAUUAUAAACUUGUGCAAAAGGUUUGCCCUGACUACAAUUACCACAGUGAGACACCAUACUUAUCUUCUGGAUGA